UGGCCCUAUAUAUGCCACUACAAAUUUCUUUCCAGGCAUUCAUUGAACAUCCACCCACGCAACAACAUGGCAUUAAAGGUAUUCAUUCUGGCAGCUGUUGCAGUUGCAUGUGCCUUUGCCGAUUUACCUCCAUCCUAUGGGGCUCCUGCUCCAUCCUACCACGCUCCAGCUCCUGUAGGUCCUGCUCAGUACAACUUCAACUACGCCGUGAAGGACGACUACUCCAAGAACGACUUCGGCCAUCAGGAGGCUCGAGAUGGUUACGACACAAAGGGAACCUACUACGUGCAGCUUCCCGACGGCCGUCUGCAGAAGGUGACUUACUACGUCAACGGUGACUCUGGAUACGUUGCCGAGGUGUCCUACCAGGGAGAAGCUUACUACCCACAGCCCGCCAAAGGAUACCAACCGGCUCCUCAGGUCGGCUACGCUUAAACGUAGUUUGCUAGACCAUGAGACCUACAUCAAAGUUCCUUGGUUUCCCUAAUGUCAUUUGUUAAUCUAUUUUCAAAGAACCAACUUAAAAAAACACACGAAAAAAUUAAUAAAGUUGAAAAUGAA